AUGUUCUGGAGGAGCCGCCGCCACUGGUACCGAGCGCAGGGCACGCGCCACCUGCCGGUCCGCGCUACCUGCGUUCGGCGGCCAGCCCGCGGCGCCCACCGUCAGGGCGAUCGGCAGGUUUGGGGUCAACACCGGGCAUCCCUGGGCUGGGGGCGCGCCGCUAGCGUCGCCGCAAUCUCCCCGCGCCCGGGGACCCAGCCAGGCCGCCUGCUUCCUCCGCCGCCGCCGCCGGUGGCCGAGGGUCCGGGUAGCGCGAGGAGGCUGGCCGGGGGCCCAGGCGGGAACUUACUGAUCUCGGACAGCAUCCUCGCCCGCUUGUCGCCGCCGCGCUCCUGCCGCGCCCGGGCCCGGUCAGCACGGCGGCGCCGCUGCCACUCAGACUCGUCAAGCCCGGGAAGGCGACAGGCCCACAGUCGGCGUUGGGCGUGCGGAACGGCCCGGGGGCAGGCCCCGAGCUCCGAGGCGGCUGGCGCCCAGUUCUGCGCGCUCCCGCUGCGGCCUCUCCGAACCCGGAAGCGCGGCCCCGCGUACCUUACACUCAGCUUGGCUCAGAGGCUGCGUCCCGAGCGCGCCUGCGCGGCGCCGGCUCUCCCAAUAUGCCCCUCCUCUCCACUCCCGCGGAGCUCCACCCGGAGAGACCCGCCCCCAGGUAGUGACAUUACGAGUGCGCCGCCGGUGGCCCUUUAA